CAGCUCAGACGUCAUAACUCUGGCAAGAUGGCCGGGAGUUGGGGGCUAAAGUAAGGCAGGAAAUCAAAACACGGGCUACUCGGAGCUUAUGAGGACGAGUGAAUGCGAAGAAUACCGUUGCUUUAAGACUCCGACCUUUCGAGUUUCACAAUAUGUGACAUGCCGGGGUCGUUGUUGUUUGAGGCCGCCACGAGCAGACGACGUUCGGUUGUCUGCUACCAUUGGCUAGCAAGGUAGCGAGCUAAUAAUGCUAGCUGUCCAGCAAUCUAGCUAGUUACCUGACAAAAUCCCAAGACACCCCUCAUUCUGAAGGUGACAGCGGGCGAAGUGCAGUGCAAAAUCUUUCAUUUGGAUCCUAACCAACAGUGGAAUUGCUGCCGUCUGUACAGUCGUUUGGGCGUCGAAAUCAAGGGAGAAGUCUACUGACUCGAGCUUACCAACUGUCUCACAGUUGGCUAAAGAUCAUAUUGCCUUGAUCGCACUAUUAUAAUGCGUUUGAUGUGGUUGAGUGGAGCUUCCGACACAUUUUGAACUCGGCAAUUGCUGGCGAUCCCGUGGGCUCAGCUGCCAACCUACAUUUACGUCACCUGACAAGUGCUGGACAUUAUUAAAGCCAAGGAGCUGACCCAGUCCCACCAUGGCCCACCCACCGGGGAACCUGCCCGGGAUGCAGAACGUCAGAGUGGAUCCAGAGGAGCUCUUCACAAAGCUGGAGCGAAUCGGAAAGGGUUCAUUUGGCGAGGUAUUUAAAGGCAUUGACAAUCGGACUCAGAAAGUGGUGGCCAUCAAGAUCAUUGACCUGGAAGAAGCUGAGGAUGAGAUCGAAGACAUUCAACAGGAGAUCACUGUGCUGAGCCAGUGCGACAGCCCGUUUGUCACCAAGUACUAUGGCUCUUACCUGAAGGAUGCCAAAUUAUGGAUCAUCAUGGAGUAUUUAGGAGGAGGCUCUGCUUUAGAUUUGAUGGAGCCAGGUUCUUUGGAUGAGACCCAAAUUGCAACUAUUCUGAGAGAGAUUCUCAAGGGACUGGAGUAUCUGCACUCUGAGAAGAAAAUCCACAGAGAUAUCAAAGCUGCCAACGUGUUACUUUCUGAGCAAGGUGAGGUGAAGCUUGCCGAUUUUGGUGUGGCCGGCCAGCUCACCGACACCCAGAUCAAGCGUAACACCUUUGUAGGCACGCCUUUCUGGAUGGCCCCAGAGGUCAUUAAGCAGUCUGCAUAUGACUCUAAGGCCGAUAUCUGGUCUCUGGGCAUCACCGCAAUUGAGCUGGCGAAAGGCGAGCCACCACACUCGGACCUCCAUCCCAUGAAGGUUUUAUUUUUAAUCCCAAAGAAUAACCCUCCGACUCUGGAGGGAAACUACAGCAAGCCACUCAAAGAGUUUGUUGAGGCUUGCCUCAAUAAGGAGCCCAGUUUUAGGCCGACUGCUAAGGAGCUGCUGAAACAUAAGCUAAUUGUACGCCAUGCUAAAAAGACGUCCUACUUGACUGAGUUAGUGGACAAGUAUAAACGGUGGAAGGCGGAGCAGUCGAGAACCGCUGAGUCUAGUUCUGAUGAGUCAGACUCGGAGCAGGAUGGACAAGCAUCAGGUGGAGAUGACUUUGGCAGUGACAAUUGGAUCUUUACCAUCCGUGAAAAGGACCCAAAGAAACUACAGAACGGCGAGGGGCAGUCAGGGGCCACUGAACAGACAAAAGACAUUCCCAAGAGGCCUUAUUCACUGAGCCUGACGACAGUCAUCUCUCCUGCAUUAGCCGAGCUAAAGGCCAGACAGGAGCACAUGGACCGGAACCCUGUGGUCCUAGACGACUUGAAGGAGGCCAUCUUGCGGGCUGAGGAGGCUUACCCUGGCAUUUCAGAUUCCCUGGUGGCUCACAUGAUCCACAGACUCCAGAGUUUCUCCACAAGCAGGUCAUCAUCUUCUAUCCCAUAGUGAGUGACUUUCUGCUCCCCACCCAUGGAACAAUCUUGCUCCCUUCUCUCUGCCAUAGACCUCAACCAGUAGCAGCUGAUCUCGAUCAACAUCUAUUCUGCCGAGACUUGUACUGACAUUGCUGCUAUGCAGAUUGUUUUUUUCUCGCCGAAGAGCUCCCAAAGCCCCUGGGGCAAGACUUCACCCCACUCCUCCCUUUUAACUCAAGCAAGCGGCAUAUCCCACGGGAACUUUUUGAAAAAGCAUGCUUGGUGUGAACAUCUCCUUUCCACCAAACAUGCCUACAAGUUAAAAACAGCAUUUUUUGUUUUUUUUAAAACCUCAGGUAAAGUGCUUUAAGUUGACUUUCAAAUGGCGGAGUCAAUUUGCAGCAGCUCAAUCACUGUAUACAAAAUGAUGCCCCCCACCCCCACACACACAUAUUUUGUAGACGCUUCUACUGAAAAGAAACAGAAAUGGCUGAAACUGUCAAAAGGAAUUACUUGCUUGUCCGGUCUUUAUCAUUUGAUUUUUCUUAGAUUUGCCAAUCUAAGUUAUGGAGCUUUCUGACAUAAUUGUGGCGCAAUAUAGAUAUAACGUACACACAAUGCUUUUUACUGCCCUCGACAUACUAAUAUGUGGCCACCAGGGUUGUUAAUCUUACUUUAAAAAGUGGUUACAAAUUACUUCUCCCAAAAAGUGAUUUAGUGCUUGGUUAGCUCAUUGUAAGAAUACUCCGCAAAGUAGGUGAUGUUAGUACAGUAAAAUUAUUACAUUAUACAUUCUGUAACAUCUUUCACAUCUAAGAUAUUUAUAUUAACUGAUUGAAGAAGAAAAACACUACAGUAUUUUAGAACAUUUGGUAUUUGGAUAAAAUACACUCACCGGCCACUUUAUUAGGUACCCCUGUCCAACUGCUCGUUAACACUUAAUUUCUAAUAAGCCAAUCACAUGGCGGCAACUCAGUGCAUUUAGGCAUGUAGACAUGGUUUAAGACCAUCUCCUGCAGUUCAAACCGAGCAUCAGUAUGGGGAAGAAAGGUUGAGUGACUUUGAAUGUGGCAUGGCAGGGUUUACAGAGAAUGGUCCGAAAAAGAAAAAAUAUCGUGACUCAAAUAACCACCCGUUACAACCAAGGUAGGCAGAAGAGCAUCUCUGAACGCACAGUACGUCGAACUUUGAGGCAGAUGGGCUACAGCAGCAGAAGACCACGCCGGGUGCCACUCCUUUCAGCUAAGAACAGGAGACUGAAGCUACAAUUUGCACAAGCUCAUCGAAAUUGGACAGUAGAUGAUUGGAAAAAAGUUGCCUGGUCUGAUGAGUCUCGAUUUCUGCUGAGACAUUUGGAUGGUAGGGUCAGAAUUUGGCGUCAACAACAUGAAAGCAUGGAUCCAUCCUGCCUUGUAUCAACGGUUCAGGCUGGUGUUGGUUGUGUAAUGGUGUGGGGAAUAUUUUCUUGGCACUCUUUGGGCCCCUUGGUACCAAUUGAGCAUCGUUGGAAUGCCACAGCCUACCUGACUAUUGUUGCUGACCAUGUCCAUCCUUUUAUGACCACAAUGUACUCAACUUCUGAUGGCUACUUUCAGCAGGAUAAUGCGCCAUGUCAUAAAGCUGGAAUCAUCUCAGACUGGUUUCUUGAACAUGACAAUGAGUUCACUGUACUCAAAUGGCCUCCACAGUCACCAGAUCUCAAUCCAAUAGAGCAUCUUUGGGAUGUGGUGGAACGGGAGAUUCGCAUCAUGGAUGUGCAGUCGACAAAUCUGCACCAACUGUGUGAUGCCAUCAUGUCAAUAUAGACCAAACUCUGAGGAAUGCUUCCAGCACCUUGUUGAAUCUAUGCCACGAAGAAUUGAGGCAGUUGUGAAGGCAAAAGGGGGUCCAACCCGUUACUAGCAUGGUGUACCUAAUAAAGUGGCCGGUGAGUAUAUAUUAGUCUAAGAAAACACAAAUGUAUACUGACCGUUAACCAGUGCUAACCUCUAUAACUGUAUGCCUACUGCACAAUAAACAGAACACUAUCCUUAAAUAUUCCGUAAAGUAACAAUAUUAAACAUAAAGUUUGAGAACGCUACCUUUGAAAUUCUGUGGCCCAUCGCCAUUAUCGCUGCCAUUGCCAGUGUGAAGCAGGGUAUGAUCCGCCGACUGAGCCAAUCAUCUCAUUUACAACGGCGUCACCACCCUCUCCCCGCUCCGCUCUCUCCCAGGCAGCUGUUUCAAAAUCAGACACCUUUCACAUCAUUCAACCAAAUUGUAGUAACGCGCCCCUUCACAUCCUCAGUGAAGGUAAAAAGCGUCACAAAGAUGGGAAAAUUACGGUAGAUAACAGAAAAAAAUAACGCCGUAAUGAAUACCACUAGUGGCCACCAAAUUGGUAAAUGUGCGCACAGAAUUGUUAUUUGAAGGUUUAUUACGAAGAAACAGUGUCCCGGUAACCAAAUGAUUGGGUCUGUGUACCCGUGUAUCCUUUGGCCAUUCGUUUUUCCUUCUCAUUUUGGAAAACAAACGGCACAAAACGAGCCCAAUUCCAUUUGUUUUUGUGUUAACAAAAAAUGAGAACUGAAUCGUCUGUUUUCCAAAUAAAAACUGCAAAUUUAAUGGCCAAAAGGUACACGGACCCUAUUGGCACUUUAACUUGAAAUGGCAAUCCAUCCAAAACAUCUUUUUCUUAAAUGUA